GCGUUGGAAGCGAAGGUUGCGACGCUCACGGGCGAACUUCAGGAAUUGAGGGGCAAAUUCAGCAUUGCUGCGAGAUACAAUCGUCGAUCUAACAUCAUGCCGGAAUCAUUCAAGUCCCCGAAGAAAGUGAUGGCGUGUUCACCACUCGGGCCAUUGUUGUCGGAAAAGCGAACGCCUAUGCAGAGUGUGUCCGAGAAAGACGAAGAAGACUCGUCUUCGGAUUCAGCAUCGGACGAAGAAACCGAGAACUACUUUUAUCCUCGGGUAGGGAUUCUAGCGAUCCAGAAUUGUGCUCAGUUCACGUAG